AUGGCUGAUACAUUAAAGAAUGUUAUUGCUCAGAAUCUUGAGUGUCCUGUGUGUCUGAAUACCUUCACCGAUCCCAAGAUCCUAUCUUGUUCUCACAACUACUGCAAGGCCUGUCUGGACAACCUCUUGGGAUGCCAUGGUAACGACCAGAUGCUCCGAUGCCCUGUCUGCAGAGCUGAAACCCAGGUCCCAAACCAAGAAGUCAGCAAAUUACCGGCAAAUCUGGCUUUGAAGUCUCUCAUAGAGGACAUGAAGAAUCAACAUCAGUUUUGCACUAAUUGUAAAUCCGAGGACAGGCCCCAAGCUGUUGUCUACUGUCGAGACUGUGGCAAGUAUCUCUGUAUUCCUUGCCACAGUGCACAUUCUCUGUGGCAAGACUUCAUAAGUCAUGAGGUCCUAGCAAUGAGUGAGAUCGUGUCAGGGAAGGUGUCAGUGCGUAGAUACCGUAAAUGCAGAAAACACCCCAAAGAGGAUGAGGAGUGCUUCUGUUGCGACUGCAGGAGAUUUGCCUGUUUCAGGUGUGUUGUCAUGGAGCAUACAAACGAAGGACAUCGGGUCAUCGAGGCAGCUGUUUAUGAAAGCAGCCAUGUAAAGAACGUCGAGGACCUCAAAUCCAAGGCGGACAAGAAACGCUCUUGCUUUCAAAAAUACGUUGAUUUCAUUGAUGAACAGAAGGACCGUGUGAGCAAUGUUAAGAAGCAGUGUACAGAUGAUAUCAACAAAGCAUAUGAAGAAUCAGUCCGGCAGUUGAAAAAGAAGAAAGAAAUCCUCAUUGGUGAGGUCAAGGGUAGGAUCGAAGGAGUAAAGAAAGAACUGGAUGAAAUGAAGAAAUCGGCUCAGGAGCACAUCACUCACUUGACACCUAUAGCUGAUGUGGUAACCAAUAAGACAAAGAUACCGUUAGAUAUGGAUGCUCUGGCUGCACACGACACUCUAUGUCAAGACUUACAAGAGGCCUUGAAACAAGAAGAUCCUGACUACAAGCAGCUGAGGGAAACGAGCAGGAAAGGAAAAAGUGUUCGUUUCAAGAGGAACGUCGGAGUGGACGAGAAAGCUCUGGGUAAGAUCGUAAAUGCAGUUGCAAAGAACAUCGCUUUGCCUACCAAGGAUAGCAUGGCUAUACCAUGGUUGGUACACCAGAUGGUAGGAUGGCAGUAG